GCGCAGAGAGCAGCGAGGAUGACAGAGCUGAGAGAGAGCUGCUGCCGAUCAGACAUACACACACAUACACACACUCCUGUCACUGUUUCCUCCAUGAGUCUGGAUUAUAAAUAUGUAUUUUGUGAUUUCUGCCAUGAAAGCUCAGAUUGAAAUCAUUCCCUGUAAGAUCUGUGGAGAUAAAUCAUCAGGGAUCCACUACGGAGUGAUCACCUGUGAGGGCUGUAAGGGUUUCUUCAGACGGAGUCAGCAGAGCAACGCCACCUACUCGUGUCCUCGCCAGAAAAACUGUGUGAUCGACCGAACGAGCCGCAACCGCUGCCAGCACUGCCGUCUGCAGAAAUGUCUGGCUGUGGGCAUGUCCCGAGACGCUGUCAAGUUUGGUCGCAUGUCCAAGAAGCAGAGGGACAGUUUGUAUGCUGAGGUGCAGAAACAUCGCCUCCAGCAGCAGCAGCAGCAGCAGCAGCAGGGGCCCCUCCUUCUGUCUCACCCCAGCCUCGGCAGCCCGAGCCCGUGCGAGGCUGAGCGGCUGUCCCCUCACUACAGCCUCUCCUCCACAGGCCUCACGGAGCUGCCGGAUGAGCUGGGGAGCUACAUGGAACAAAACUCGCCUGAGGGAGGAUCAGUAUCGUCCAAGGCAGACUCUGGAGGAGAAGGAGGAGGAGGAGGAGAAGGUCGGGGGUUCUACCUGGACGUUCAGCCAUCCCCUGACCAGUCCGGACUUGAUAUUAAUGGCAUCAAACCAGAACCGCUGUGUGACUACGGAUCCAGUAAUGGCUUCUUCCCAUACUGCUCCUUCAGCGACGGAGACACAUCACCCACCUUGUCCAUGGCUGAACUCGAUCACCUAGCUCAGCUCAUCUCAAAGUCUCACCUGGAGACGUGUCAGUACCUGAGGGAGGAGCUGCAGCAGAUGAGUUGGCAGAACUUCCUCCAGGACGAGGUGGAGAGCUACCAGAGCAAGCCACAGGAGGUGAUGUGGCAGCUCUGUGCUGUAAAGAUCACUGAGGCCAUACAGUACGUGGUGGAGUUCGCCAAACGCAUCGAUGGAUUCAUGGAUCUCUGUCAAAAUGACCAGAUUGUGCUGCUAAAAGCUGGCUCUUUAGAAGUGGUCUUGGUCCGAAUGUGUCGACUGUUUGACUCGCAGAACAACACUGUCUACUUUGACGGCAAGUUUGCAGGUCCUGAUGUCUUCAAAGCAUUAGGUUGUGAUGACUUGAUCACAUCAGUGUUUGACUUUGCGAAAAGCAUGUGUUCGCUGCAUCUGUCGGAAGAGGAGCUUGCUCUGUUUUCAGCAUUCAUCCUGCUGUCUGCAGACCGAUCAUGGCUGCAGGAGAAGCUACAGGUGGAGAAGCUGCAGCAGAAGACUCAACUGGCUCUGCAGCAUGUCCUGCAGAAGAACCAGAGAGAGGAUGGAGCACUAAACAAGCUCAGAUGUAAGGUGUCAGCGUUGCGUUCACUGUGCAGCCGACACACAGAGAAGCUGUCAGCAUUCAGAGCCGUUUACCCUGACAUCGUUCGGACACACUUUCCUCCUCUGUAUAAGGAGCUGUUUGGUGCCGACCUGGAGCUGACUCUGCAGAGCAAUGAUUAAAUGUUGACCAGGAACUCCACGGAGCUGCGCAGAGCUGAGCUGCUGAUUCUGACGGACUGAGCCCAGUUUUCACGGCCAUGGAGGGCGGGACGAUGACUCUCCUGAACAGCUGAGUCCACAGGAACAGAGAGAUCUGAACUCCUCAGUUCCCCUUUCUUCACCUGCUCCUCUUCCUCCUCCUCCUCCUCUCAUGGCUCUGGGUUUGGAUGCAAUGAAGAAUCAGGUGGUGUCCCUCCACCUGCAUUAACACACAUCUUGUGUCCAGGAUCUGGACUUGUAUUCACGCCUGACAUUGAAAGACACCUUCGGUAUUCACACUGAAACCUGCUUCUGUUUGUCCUUCACCAGACUGUCACCACAUCACCUCUUCUUCUGACAGUUACUUCACGUCUGAGCGCCGCUUACACCAAAAAUUGUCACAGAAAAGACAUCUGUAUGUCCUCGAGAAACACAAUUAGCUGAAAGUUUGGUGAUGUUUUGACCCCCAGAGGUUAAUUCAUGACCUAUUGUGGGAAGUGCACCAGCUGGUAACAUGCCACCUGCUAUCCUGCUAAAAUAGAUCACCAAGGUAAUUAGCUCAGCUGCUAACCAGACAAAAGUAAACACAAUUUUUGUGCAGCAGUUUGUACUCAGAGCAAAGCAGGGUUUUAUAAAACUGGAUGGUGCAACAAGCUAAGAUGAUAGCUUCCUCUGCUUUUAUCUCUCCAGCUCUCGUUUUCUUCAAAGGUUAAUACUGAUAAGGCAGUUUACAAAUGUGCAAUGCAGCAAAUUUGCUGUUUGUUUAUAAAUGGGUGUAUCAUUUGUAUCAGAUUCCCUCUGCUUUUCACUGCACUAUUCCAUAAAAAUGUGUUUUUUGAAUCAUUGUAGACACAUUUCCCAAAAUUCAAUCUGAAAGAUUUGACAUCUUUGGAACUUUGCAUUCUUUUAAAAGUUAAGUUUUGUGGGUUUAAGUCAAAGGCUGUAUAUAAAGAUGGGUGAUGUAUCUCCUUGUACUCCCACUCUACAAAAGUAAAGCUGAAACAUUCCAGACAUGGCUGCUGCCAUCUUAUACUGCUGACAUUAUUUGGAGCCAGUCUGUGAAGUAGUGACCUCUGCGGUAUCAAGUUCGCACCCGAACACUAGUCCGACCAGUUUGGCCCAUGUCCCAUCAACUAACAUCCCCACUUUUGGGGAGCUGUCAUGUUGUCCAUCUUUCUACAAAGUCCAUGGUUUGAACAGUGUUUGAUGUACUCUCCAGUUAAGAAAUUUUUCCAGAAUUCUGUUCGAUUCAUUAGUCAUACAGGUCACAUGAUAUCCAGAAGACUGGAUCUACAGCAAGCCCACUUACCUUCAACUCAGCCUGUAGAGAUAGAAUUUCCAAAAUUUUCCAACAGUAACUGAGAAUUAAUGUGUGUUUGCGGCAGGUGAUUUGAUGCGACUGCUGAAACCGGGGGAAACAAGAAAAGAGCACAGACCUGUUCUGCUACGAUGGUAGAUCACUGCAUUUAUUUGACUUUUCUCUGUCUAGACAGACAAACAGACUGCAGGUUGAUUUGGUCUGCUGCCAUUUGUAUCUUGACAUAUUAAGGCUUUCUGAUGGCCUGUAAAGAUAAAAAGACAAUAUCCUUCCUACAUCCUCCCUUUUGAUAUCCAAUAUAUACCCCGUUACAUCUUUUUUCCAUAAGCAUUCAUAAAAAAAAAAAAAAAAAACAGAUGGCAAAAUUCAUCGGCUGGAAUGGUUCUGUUCACUGCUGGAAACUGUAAAGUUUCCUCUGUUUGUUCAGUUUGUCAAGAAGGUUAAAAUUAGGUCAGCUGGUCUGUUGUCUGUUUUCGUCUCAACAUCUGUUGAUGCAUCACUCAGGUUAAUGCAAAUCGUGGACGUCCUGAAUAGGUAAACUAGACACCAAACAUCACACUCAUGUCUCUUCUCAGGCAGUUUUAUUCAAUUAUUGACUAAUUACUGACUCCAUUUUUGUGGCUGGUAACUCAAGUUUUAUGUGAUGAUUUGUUGAUCAGGUGUUUGGGAACACUGACCGACAAAAUUUCUCUGUGGUUUCAGAGCAAAGAUGAACUAAGUAACUUUAAAUAUUUUAGAGCUGUGUGUGUUCAGAUUCAUACUCCUUUAAAGUCUAACAUGUAAAAUAACUUUGAGAAUUACUUCCUAAAGCAGCAGCUCUACUGAUGUUACCACAUGUAUACAGAUAUACAGUGUGCAGUGUAGUAUUUUGGAACCGGCUUCUUCAGACUCACCACAGACAGAGCUUGAUAAUGAACUAGACAGCAGAAAUCCAUCCAUCCAUCCAUCCAUCCAUCCAUCUUUAUCUGCUUCUCCAGGGCUGGGUCAUGGGGGCAACAGCUCCUCCUGGGGGAUCCCAAGGCGUUCCCUGGCCAGAUGAGAUAUAUAAUCCCUCUAGUAUGUUCUAGGUCUGCCCUGGGGCCUCUUAUCAGUUGGAUGUGCCCAAAAAACCUCUAACAGGAGAUGCCCAGGGGGCAUUCUGAUCAGUGCCCUGAACCACUUCAGCCGGCCUUUUUUGACCUGAAGGAGCAGUGGCUUUACUCCAAGCUCCCUCUGGAUGUCUGAGCUCCUCACCCUAUCUUUAAGGCUGAGCCCAGCUGUUAUUUCGAUCUCUACCCAGGCUCAUGACCAUAGAUGAGGGUUGAGACAUAGAUGGACUAGUAAAUCAAGAGCUUUGCGUUCUGGCUCAGCUCCAUCUUAACUACAACAUGCGGGUGCACUGCCAACAUAAAUGCAGACGCUGUGCCAAACGGCCUAUCCAUCUCACGCUUAAUUUUACCUUCACUUGUAAACAAGAGCCCAAGAUACGUGAACACUUUUACAGUAGGGCAGCACAGGGCUAUCCUCUUUUUUCCGUGCAGAAACUCAUGAGUCACCAUUCAUGAGAUCUGGUUAGUUUUGUUGUGUAUAACAGAAGUUGUUUGAUCCUCCAUGAUGUCAUUCCUCCUCCUCCUCCUUCUCCUCCUCCUCCUCCUCCUCCUCCUUCUCUUUCUUCUGCCUGUCAUCUUCCCAGCAUUUUCUUCUUCCUCUGGUUACAUCUAUAUCGAGCUUGCAGAUAGCAGCAUCAGACACAGAGCAGCCAAUUCCUUCUAAUGUAGGAGUUAGCACGUAGCACCAUCUAGUGGUCCUGACAGGAAGGUGCAGGUUCUCUGACUUCUCAUGCCACUUUGUCUGCAGCAGUUACAGUUGGGAUUUGAUGCCAUGAAAGUAAAUGUGAAUCUAAUCCACUUACCCACUUUGAAUCCUUACAAAUCCCCAUUGAAUCUAACUACGUUUAUCUUUCACUAUCGGAAAGUAAACAUUGUUCAGAAAAAAUUAAAGGGGGCCUAUUAUUCUUAUGCACUUUUUGUGUCUUACAUAUGAAGGAUGUUCGUAUUAAACUUGGCCAAAGUUUUAGAUAAUGAGGUAAACAUAUCUAAAAGUAAUCCCUGCAAGCAAAAGCCUCAGGCUUCAGACCACUCUGAACACUUCAUUUCCAACAUUCUUUUGUAGUCUGGCUACAGUAUGACAUCACGCGUGCAGAUUUCUUUAUAUGGUUAUCUGUUCCAGGUGUGCUACUGCAGGUGUUUACAUUACGUAGCCUAUGCUGCUAAAUAAAGCUACAUGCUAACAUCAGGGAAACAUCUAGGCUGUGUCCAAAAUCACUCACUACUCAAUAUAUAGUUGACUAUGUAGUGACUUUACCAUUUUGUAGUGCUGUCCGUCCGUAUAUUGGGAAUUAUUAUGCCCUAUAUAGUGGACUCAAUGUAUCCCACAAUGCACCAUGAAAAGUAGUGCACAACCGAUGGUUACUUACCAAGCAAUAUCCUGUCGUGCAUUGUGCCAAAGAAACGGAUGGACUGCAUGGGGCGGACACAGAGAUGGAUGAGAGGAGAGAAAGCAGCUCGAUAUCAACCUGCUCUCCAAAAUGACAUGUUAACAUUUGUUUUACAGGUUUUUCUUUGUCAUGUAAUAAACUGUCGGUUUAAUGUGUAGCUGUUGGUACCCAAAGAGAUAAAUAAAUAGUCAACUGAUCUUCUCUUGUGCUUAACAGUCACUGUACAGAGUAGGGCUAAUGAUGCUAGCUAAUGUUAGCAAGCUAGGUCGCUACUAGAUCUAAUUUGUGCUGUAAUGGUGUAAUGUAUAAUGUUAGCCAUUAAAUAGUUAUGACAUGACUGACUGGUAACACAAACUGCAACACAACAUAAGAUUAAAUAGAAGAUUUCUUACAUUAGUAGGACAGGUUCCAAUUGCGCUGCUCUCGCUUCUCUUGUUUGUUUAUUAAUAUGUUUAAUGUGAGCAGAGCAGAGUAUCUCAACACAACACAAACAGCCACAAAGUUCUUUGUAACAUUAUUUUUUCAUUUGGGGAAAAUAUGCUCAGUAUAUCAUGUUUUUGUCACAAAUAUGCAUGUCAGUAUUUGUUAUGUAUGCUUCACCAGCCAACAUUUACAUGACAUUUUAAUUUUGUGACAACAAUGACGUACUUAUCAGCUCUUAGAAAAUGACCAGAGUAGUGUCUGAAAAUGUCUUUUCAUGUUGCAGGUGAGCUCACUAUAUGAUAUUCUACAUAAAACUCCUUAUAUAGUGAGUAGGAAGUAGUGAAUGAUUUUGGACAGCCCUAAUCUUGGUUGUUGAUGUUGUUAAUAUCUGGUUGUGUUUAGUUUUAGCCUUUUUUGACCAUGUAAACAUGUUAUAGUAGAAACAUCAAAUUCAAGUAUGAACCUGAAAAUGAGUAUAAUAGGUCUUCUUUAAACAUUGAGAUGAAACCUGGUGGCUGAGAAGGCAAAACCAGUUUUGACUGUCAGUCUAAUUACUGCUGAUAAACCUGCAGCUAUGGCCUAAAAAAAAUUAAGAAGGAGCAGAAGCUAUGAAUUGUUAAUGUAUGAGUCAGUUGUCUGUAUUAUUGCCAACAAACCCCAUGUACAGAACCAAACCACCAACGUGUUAGUUUGUCUCUUAAUAGUGUCUGACCUUCUGUCUGUGGCUCUAAGCCCACUACUACUAUCAUUAUUUUGAAAAAGGCUCAGUAAUUUCCUAAAACAGCUGGACACUAUAAUUGAUAUCAAACAAAUGACAGUAAUUACUAAUUUCAUUGGCAGAUUAACAAUUCCUGGAAUGAGACAAAUCAAAUAAAUAUUUAUCACUCUUUGGUUGAACUGCUAAAGCUCAUGUUUACAUUUCACUGAGAGAAGAAGACAUUCAUUUAGGAUUCUACCAGCUUAAUGAAAGCAAUAUUGCAAAAAUAAAACAGUAUUAAGAGCAAUAUAGACACUGCUUCAUAAAAAAAAAAAAAGAAAUUAUGCAGAACAAGUAAGGUGAAGUGGUGAAGAUAUGUGUUGCACUACAGUGAGUCUAUCUACUGCCUACCUGUUAGUGUGCCUGUGUGUGACGAUGUUUAAUUGUGUGUGUUCACAUUCUGUUAUCUGUGGGGAAUUUUCAAAGUUUGGACUACAGCCUCGCUGGCACCAGAUGUCCAUAUGACGUCUGAAAAAUGUUGGACUCUUACAUGGAAUAGAUGAUGACUUUUGGUCGAAAUAGAGUGUGCCAGGGCUGACGUCAAAACCCGGAAGUUUAGCAUCACGCUGGUUCCCAGAAGAGAAAGUGAAUGUGAUUUUUGCAUUGCGUUUUGGAUUAUGUCAUAAAAUAAACUCUGUGGCUAGCACAAGUUUAUGAUACUUACAGGUUUUGUUCAGUGAGAUAAUCUUCACACAUGAACACUUUUCAUACCGCAUUUGAAGCUUAAAUGUGAUCGCCAGAAGUAAAAAGCUAACGUUAGGCUUUAACGGACUACAUGACUACUCCACGGUCACAUGACUCUUGACGUCACUGCCACUAAGCUUUCAACUUUCGGCCGCUUUAUUUUAAAAAUAUUGUAUAAUGGGGAAAUCGGAUUGUUUAAGCUAAAUAAGAAGCUGUAAUGGCGGACUGCCAGCACUCUCGCCUGUUCGGGGGUGAUGACGUUUAAUGUCCCCGACAGGGUUUGUAGUCGUAUUGAGCAACUUGUUAGCAACCGCCUUUUUUACAACACGUAAAAGCUUCAAAAUUCACAAGUAGGGUAUUUACUGACAUGUCGUAGAACAAAACCUGAAACUCGCUUAAGCUUUUGUUAACCACAGACCUUAUUUGAGGCAUUUUACCAAAAUCCCAUUCAAAAAACGUAUUGACUUUUAGACGAGAGAACCGGAAGUGCUAAAAGCGCUAACGGAGUUCCGGGUUUACUGGCACACUCUAUGAAUGAAUUGAUGUUGUAAAUGUCUAACACUGUUAGAGUUUCAUGUUGUGUGGAUGUUGACAUUAUGAUGUUUUACAGACAUUUGGUUUUGUUCUCCAUAUCUUAUGACUAAAUGAUGGUAUACUACGCCAAGAUGACUUUGAAGUGCGGUGUUUAGAAGACACUGGAUUUUGGUUACAUGACAACAAAACUUUAAACCAACAAAAUACUACCAUCGUCAGUAAUCUACAGCUGACUUUGGCAGACAAUUGGCCUGACAUGAAAUUAGGUUACCUGAUAUCACAACCUAAAUUUAGCCACGUAUCAAUGUCAAAAUACUUUGGUGGCCAACUGGGAGUCUGCUGGAAGGAGAGACAUUUUUUCACCAUUACUUUUAUGUUUAUACACCUGCUCCACUUCGCCACAACAUCAGUCUCCAGGUUCAAAGCCCAAAAAAAAAUAUGUAUUUCUUGCAAAUAAUGAACGUAACUUUAGCCAUAACUGAAUGUCAAGCAAUAAUGUAAAUGUAUUUCUAUCUUUGUUUAUCGUGUAUAGUUUGAAUAUAUGGCAUGUCAAUGCAGAUUCUAAUUUAUAAGAUUUAAUUUGGGGAUUUGUCUUUUUAAAUUUUGUGUGUUAUUGGCUUAAAAUUUUGUCUUGAAUUGUCACGUGAUUAUGUACGCUGAUGACACACUUUUCUCCCUCCAUGCCACUUUAUUGGUUUGGCCCUCGUUCUGUAAGUAACUUUAUUAAUAAGUCUGUACAGGCCACAGGAAAAUACUGCUAUAGAUGUCUGAUGAGCAUCAAACUUUUUAGUCUGUUGAUUGAUAUUCAUCUUAAUGUAUCUGGUUUGAUAUGCACUGCUCUCCUUUAGGUUUAGUUUAGUUACAGAGAGCUUUUUGUGUUUUUAACAUGCGUGUGGUGCUAGGUUACCUUUGUUAGCAGGGUCUUGAUUUUACCAACUAUGCCACAUUGUUUCCAAACAGGGUAAUUCAUAAAAAGAAAAAAACUCUGUUUUUAUUAACAACCUCACGGCAACAUUUUUAGAAUUUUAGCUAUUAUACCAUUACAACCUUUAUGCGUCAAACUUGUCUGAUUGCUCGCACUGCAAUGCCAGGUGACUAGGAGUGUAACUAUGUCUCUGUGUUUCUGGUGACCGAAAUAUGAAUUCUAAAUAAAUAACAUCAUAACUAAAAGUACUGAUUGGCAAAACAAUAGUACUGCAUUGCAGCACAUGUCAUUAAAGGCCUUUAGGCAGUGACAUAUUUUGGGAGAAGUUGGACAUUGCCAAAAGCUUCUUACUGGAUAUUUUGGCAAUGUUGCAAUCAAAACUGUGCUUACAGUUUAGGUAAAGCAACAUUUUUCAACCAGGAAUUGUCUCCUCAGCUACUCUCUUGGUUGUAUAAAAACAGAAUAAUCUUUUAGAUUGUCAAAUUUCCCAGCCUGCACCUGUAUCAGUGUGUCAGGCUUGGGCAUGUCAAUUUCUUUGUUUAAACUGACUUCUUUUGUUUUGAUACAAAGCAGAGCUGCUGUAUCUGAAAUGUAUUAAAAAUAAAUCAGAGAGAAAGAAAUAGUUUGUUUUGGUUUCUUUCAGAUUCCAUGUACAGCUGGGUUGAGUAAAAAACAUAAUAAAUAAAAGUGACGGCAGAACCUCUGUGCCCUAC